UUUCCCCUAAUGAGGUGCACCUGUUGUCUGACGUCAGCACUCGCGAGACAACAGUCUCAGGUGAACGAGGAGUGAAGCUGCGGCGCGACAAAUGUCAGUUUUUGUCAGAAGCGAUUGGGUUGUUUUUUUUAUGCCGCGUUGUUUUUUUAAUUUUAUUUGGAAUUAAGAAGUUUCCUCUUUAAAAAUGCGAUUUUUCGUGAAGUUUUUCUGGUAAAGUUCCGGUAAAAACCGAUUCUGCCUUUUCAUCAUUUGUUAGUUACAGCUGCUGUAACGCGUUACAGUAAUCCGUUACUCGCCAGCUUUGCCUCGUCUCUCUCUCUCUCUCUUUGUCUGAGCCUCCAUGUGGGUUCUCCCUCCACGGACUCGGAGCUGCGCCCCUACGCGCGCGGCGCUUACUCCGUCCGUGUCCCCGUCACAGCAGCAGCAGCAGCAGCAGCAGGCCCCCGCGCGCACCAGCCUCUCACGCGCCGCGGGCAAACGGUGAAAUGUUGCUGAAUCUGCGCCUGAACGUCUCUGCGUUUCUGUCGAGCUGCGCGUCUGCGGGCGGCGCGGGGAAACCUCUGCGGGGCGCGCAGCCGGGCAGCUGAAGUGGAGCGAUCCGCGGACACCAACCACAAAAGAGAAGAGGAGGAUGACAGAGUGCUGACAAAGGGGGGAGCCCCUCUGGAUCCGGUUUCAGCGCUGCGUAAGGGGACCAGCUCGCUCGUAUUCGGACAGCCAGAGAGCAUCAUCUUUGGAGGGGAACCAUGCCCGUCCGGAGGGGUCAUGUGGCGCCGCAAAACACCUUCUUAGGAGUCAUUAUUCGGAAAUUCGAGGGACAAAAUAAGAAGUUCAUCAUCGCUAAUGCCCGCGUGCAGAACUGUGCCAUCAUCUACUGCAACGACGGCUUCUGCGAGAUGACGGGCUUCUCCAGGCCGGACGUCAUGCAGAAGCCGUGCACCUGCGACUUCCUGCACGGCCAGAGCACCAGCCGGCACGCCGUGGCCCAGGUGGCCCAGGCGCUCCUGGGCUCCGAGGAGCGCAAGGUGGAGAUCACCUACCACCGCAAGGACGGUUCAAACUUUCUGUGCAAUACUCACAUCAUCCCUGUGAAGAAUGAGGAGGGGGUGGUCAUGAUGUUCAUCCUAAACUUUGACUACAUCCUGGAGGAGGGCAGCAGCGACUCUCUGGAGAAACUCAACCACGCCUCGCCCUCCAAAGCUGACCAGCGAAAAAAGAAAUUCUUCCGCUUUCGCUUCUCGGCCUUACCUCUCCUGGGAAUCAGCAAACAGUCCUUACCUCAGGAGGACCCCGACGCAGUCAUGGUGGAUUCACCGCACCACAGCGACGGCUCUGCGGCCACCAACGACUACCAACUGCCCGCCACCCGUGAGAGCUGCAGCCCCACCUACGGCAACGACACGCGCGCGCUCAUCGGCCCCAGCCACUGCUCCACGCCUGUGUCCGGACCUCUAGAUCACUCUUCGCCCAAAGGAGCCUGGGAUCGGUUGUACCCGGACAGGCCCACCGCCGAGACCCAUCAUAAGAGCCAGGAGGCCACACUUAUAAGGGCUCCUUCAAUCCCAGGCCUCACCCCGACCGCCUCUAGAGAAAGCAUGUGCAGCAUUCGUAGAGCCUCCUCCGCACAUGACAUUGAAGGGUUCGGGUCCAAAUCCAAGGCGGUGUUCAGGGACAGACACGCCAGUGAAGACAAUGGUCGCAAUAUCAAAGUAUCGCGUUCCUGGAUGGCUGGGGGGCCGCUCAGCCACAUCAAGUCCAGCCUGCUCGGUUCCACGUCCGACUCCAACCUCAACAAGUACAGCACCAUCAACAAAAUCCCACUGAUCACCCUCAACUUCUCUGAGGUCAACAACGAAAAGAAGUGCCCGUCCCCUCCUUCGUCAGAGAAGACCAUCAUUGCACCGAAAGUCAAAGACAGGACGCACAACGUCACAGACAAAGUCACGCAGGUUCUUUCUCUCGGUGCGGAUGUGCUGCCGGAAUACAAACUGCAGACACCACGUAUAGACAAAUGGACCAUCCUCCAUUACAGCCCCUUCAAAGCAGUAUGGGACUGGCUCAUCCUGCUUCUGGUCAUCUACACUGCCAUUUUCACCCCCUACUCUGCGGCCUUCCUCCUUAACGACAUUGAGGAGCGGAUAAGGCGGGAGUGCGGCUACUCCUGCUCUCCCCUCAACGUGGUGGACCUGAUGGUGGACAUCAUGUUCAUUGUGGACAUCCUAAUAAACUUCAGGACCACUUACGUCAACGCCAACGAGGAGGUGGUCAGCCACCCGGCCAAGAUUGCUAUCCACUACUUCAAAGGCUGGUUCCUCAUAGACAUGGUGGCAGCCAUCCCGUUUGAUCUGCUGAUAUUUGGCUCAGGAUCGGAUGAGACGACCACUCUGAUUGGUUUGCUGAAGACGGCCCGUUUGCUUCGGCUGGUUCGAGUCGCCCGUAAGCUGGACCGGUAUUCAGAAUACGGGGCUGCCGUCCUCAUGCUGCUCAUGUGCAUCUUCGCCCUCAUCGCACACUGGUUGGCCUGCAUCUGGUAUGCAAUCGGUAAUGUGGAGAAGCCAUACCUGGAGCAUAAGAUCGGCUGGCUGGACAACCUGGGGGUCUCCAUAGGAAAAAAGUACAACUACAGUGACCCCAACUCAGGCCCCUCCAUCAAGGACAAGUACGUGACAGCGCUGUACUUCACCUUCAGCAGUUUGACCAGCGUGGGCUUUGGGAACGUCUCCCCCAAUACCAACUCAGAGAAGAUCUUUUCCAUCUGUGUCAUGCUCAUUGGCUCUCUGAUGUAUGCCAGCAUCUUCGGGAACGUGUCCGCCAUCAUCCAGAGGUUGUACUCGGGCACCGCCAGGUAUCACCUUCAAAUGCUUCGGGUCAAAGAGUUCAUCCGCUUCCACCAGAUCCCCAACCCACUGAGACAGAGACUGGAGGAGUAUUUCCAGCACGCCUGGACGUACACCAACGGCAUCGACAUGAACAUGGUGCUGAAGGGUUUCCCAGAGUGCCUGCAGGCGGAUAUUUGCCUCCAUCUCAACAAGAGCCUCCUCCAGGGUUGCAAGGCGUUUCGUGGAGCCACCAAGGGCUGUCUGCGGGCGCUUGCCAUGAGGUUCAAGACCACCCACGCUCCUCCUGGAGAUACUCUGGUCCACUGUGGAGAUGUGCUGACGGCUCUCUACUUUGUGUCCCGCGGGUCCAUUGAAAUCCUCAAAGAUGACAUCGUCAUGGCCAUCCUGGGUAAGAAUGAUAUCUUCGGCGAGAUGAUCCACAUCUACCCUAAACCGGGGAAAUCUUGUGCGGACGUGCGCGCCCUGAGCUACUGCGACCUGCACACGAUUCAGAGGGAGGAAAUUCUGGAGGUGCUGGACAUGUAUCCGGAGUUUGCCGACCAUUUCUUCAACAACCUGGAGCUGACCUUUGAUCUGCGAGACGAGAACAGUAAGGCACAACCAAACACGGCUGACAUCAAGUGUCGACGAAGAGUUUCAUACAAAAGGAAAUCCUCCUCAGGAUCCCACAAGGAGCCCGUGGCCACCUUCUGCGGCGCAAAGCAGAGGCGGCAUGCGUACGCCUCCUCAUCACCUGAGAACAGGGAGUCCGCAGAGGAGGGGGAAGAUGAGGAGGACGAGGAAGAGGAGGAGGGCAGGGAGGAGGAAGAGGAACAGAGGCCCUUGUGUUCUGGUGUUCUGGGCUACCCGGUGGUCCGGGACCACAGCCUGGUAGUUGGGCUGAGCAGCACCGCCGAGGCUCCAGCGGCAGCACAAAGUCAAAACUACAAGGAGCUCCGCAAGGAGGGCUGGGGGCGUCCGCAUCAUAAGGGGGGCGCCGAGGACUCCCCCCAGUGCACGGGGCUGCGCGCCACCGAGGACGACAGCGACUCGGACCUAACCUACGGAGAGGUGGAGCAUCGGCUGGACCUGCUGCAGCAGCACCUGAACAGACUGGAGUCUCAGAUGACAGCGGACAUUCAGGCCAUCCUGCAGCUCCUGCAGAGGCAGACUGCAGCCGUCCCCCCCGCCUACAGUACCGUCACAUCCGAUCCAGAGUACCAGAGCGCCGCUGUCCCGCCGUUCCUCCAGACAACCGUCAUCCAGAGUUGUCCUUUGAAAUCCAAAGAAACCCCCCCAGUCCUCCCGCCUGCUGAGGUCCAUCCAGACAGGCACGCCGCCACGCGUCUGCACGGCGAGCAAAAGCGCCCCGUGGACGCCGUGAACCCUGCACAGCAGCAAAGGCUCCCGACGGGCCGACAAGCAUCUCUGCCCAUCGUCCCCAACAUCUCUGGAGGAGCGGCUGAACUCCACAGACCGCUGUCCGACCCGGCACUACCGGGGAAGUAGGCCCCGCCCCUCUAACCCUUCUCUGAUCACUGAAGGUAUUCUCUCACGCUUGACUCAGGGUCUAAGAAUGAGACUGAAUAUGCAAAGGAUUCAAACUGUAGACUUUCUUCCAUUCCUUUUGAGAUAAUGUCUCAGCCGUCCUGAAGCUGAGUUAGCUGUACAAACCCAUUUAUACGGAGGUAUUUAUACAUGAUAUAGUCAAUAUAUAGUCAUCUCUGUGUACAUAGCUCAUGAGAACACUGCCAGCAACGCCAGGCACCGACUUGCGUUCUCCAAAAGGAUAUGCAUGAUUUAGUUCCUCCUUUCUUUUCUCAUCUGCUGCAUGUUCCUCGCACACAGAUCGCCGGCGUUCAGGUGGGACGCUCACUCCGCACGCCGUCACGUCUGCGUUUGCCUCCCGACGGAGGAGGCGGCGGCGGCAGCAGGCGGGUCCGAACAUUUUGUGUGCCUACUGUCCACCUCAUUGCCGCGACGAUAACUAAAUAAAAGCCCCCCCCCCCAGACGAAGUAAUGUGAGGAAACGUCUGAGAGCAAUAACGACCUGUGAAGGCGUCACUCUGGAAGACGAGCGCAGCGCCAACCAGCAGCUGUUUGAUUUAGAUCAUCUGAAAACAUCAGAGCAGCACUGCAGGUCCUCCAGCUGUGGCCAUUCCUGUAGAAAAAUGUCUAUAGUCCAAAAAUAAUCUACACAAAGGGUUUUUUUCUUCUUUAAAUAUUAAAACAUUCAUUCUAGCCUGUUCUGCAUCCUAGUUGGCUGUAGAUCUUGUCAAUCAAUGUCCUCCAUGCCCCGCCUCCUGAAACUGAAUGCGUUUGCUAAUCGUUAUAAAGCGUGUAGCGAAGAGUUUUCCUUAAAACAUCUGUCCUCCUACUUUGAGGAUUUCACCUGACAGUUUACAUCUGCAAAAAAAAAAACUGUUUUCAUGCGUUACCGAACUCAGCAUCAGCAAUUAGCCUUUGUCUAAAGCAGCUACAGUAAAUCUUCUGAUUCUCUUAGUUCCCCGUCGCAUUACUGAAUAAAAAUACAAAUAAGUGUAUUUGUUUGUAGCUAAUGGUUCUUCAUAUGCGUAAAAUGAGUCAGAACUGUCUAGUUCUUCUUCUUGAACAUUUAAAGGGUAAUUAAAUCAUCUAAAGUCAUCCGUUUGACACUCCAGCUUCACAUGGAAUUCUUUUUACACAUUGAUGGCGCCCCCUGCAGGACAAACCCUAUAAAUGUCACGGAGCACCUUGAAAUGUGUGAAUCCCUCCCUCCAAGCCACUUUUAAAUGUAUUAAUUCAUUAUUAUUUUUUAAAGAAAAUAAAUAUCUUGGACCUUGAUAAGAACCUUAGUGAAUCUUCACAGCUGGAAGGAACUGCUGGUUGUUUUAGGUCUUCCACUGCAUUUGCUUCCUUGAACAAUCUCUUUAAUAAACCAUUACUGUAAAGUUACGCAAAUUGGUCUCUGGUUUCAGGAACCUGAGACAGCCUUAGCUUUACUCACCUGCUCCGGCCUUUCUGAAGCGUUCCGCGUGUAACCGUAGACUGAAGUGCAUGCUGAAAACCACUUAGUCCUCCUAGUUUUUGCAUCAAAUCCUCUGACACGAGCUGCAUGGAGACUGCACUCAAUUAAUCGAUAUCAGACGCGGCGUUAGACCUAUUUUUCUAAAAGGAUAAUCUUUCAUUUAUGGUUAUUUUUCUAUGUUAGGACGACGCCUCUUAACGUAGCACGCAGGCGGCCAACACUGCAUGCUGUUGCACUGACUGUUUGCCCUUUGCGUAGUUUUGAUUUCUUGUCGCACAUUUUCUUGAUUUUCAUAUCAUUUUAGCUGAGUUUCUGAUCCUCACCAGGAAAGGACUUUUCCUGCGGGUCUGUGGAAGAAGGAAUGUGUGGAGAUAGUUUUGUAACCCCAGCAGGAGGCUGGGCUCUUCCUCUGUCUUACCCCCAAAACUCUUCGUGUCCAGAAAAGGCUCGUCAGAACUUUUAUGGGAUUCGCAAACUUUUGCACAGAGAUAAGAAAAACCGGAAGAAAAAAAUGUCACUUUUUAAAUCUAGUGCUGUUCACAAUUGUUUUUAUGCAUUUUUUUAAAGGUUUGCCACUGUAUUUUAUACAAUGCAACACUUAAAAGCUGACCUGAAUGUUUCUGUUGACUCUUAUUUAAAGGAAAACUGUAAAUAGAUUGGGAUGAUGCACAAUUGUACAGACGAAUAAACAAAUUACACAAUGAUUCAGACGUUUACUGAGUGUAACAAACUCGUUUGGCUGUGUUUGGUAGCAAUUUAACAUUAAGUCACUAAAGCGGUUCCACAUAAGUGUUUUUAUACAAGUAAAAAAAAAAAAAA